AUGAAGCUUAAUAUUGCUAAUCCCUUGACGGGCGCCCAGAAGGUGCUUGAAGUCGAUGACGAGCACAAGCUCCGCGCAUUUUACGAGAAGCGUAUGUCCCAAGAGGUAGAGGGUGAUGUUCUUGGCGAAGAAUUCAAGGGCUUCAUCUUUCGCGUGUCAGGCGGUAACGACAAGCAGGGAUUUCCUAUGAAGCAGGGUGUAUUGUCCAAUGGACGUGCUCGCCUUUUACUUUCUAAAGGAAAGUCAUGCUACCGUCCUCGUCGCAAAGGUGAGCGCAAGCGUAAGUCGGUGCGCGGUUGCAUUGUCGGCCCGGAUCUCUCGGUACUCAACUUGGUAGUCGUCAAGGCCGGCGAGGCUGAUGUUCCGGGCCUGACCGACGUGCAGAUCCCGCGUCGUCUGGGUCCCAAGCGUGCCUCAAAUAUCCGCAAGCUCUUCAACUUGACCAAGGAGGAUGAUGUCCGAAAGUACGUUAUCCGUCGCAAGUUUGAGUCGAAGACCGGAAAAAAGAAUGACAAAGCCCCAAAGAUUCAGCGUCUCGUGACUCCACGUACGCUCCACCACAAGCGCCAGCUUGUUCUCAAGAAGGUGCAGCAGCGCGAAAAAGUCCAGCGCGAAGCCGCUGAGUACAACCGACUGCACGCACAGCGCGUUAAGGAGCAGAAGGACCGUCGUGCCAGCGAGAUCGCUAAGCGUCGCAGCAGCCGCAAAGCCUCGUCGGUCAAGGCUUAA